GUUCUGCUGAACGCAGCCCCUUUGUAUUUGCACGUGGUCAUGGUGCACGGUGCGUUUGUUGCAUUCCUUGAGGUUUGCUUGUUAGUUUGAACGUUAAUGUGUAUGCUUAUUAGCUUUGUAAAUAGUCGCAAAAAUGACGUUGAAAAGUUUUCCUAGGGGAGGGAAGAAAGUUGAAGUUAAGAAAUCUUCAAAUACGCUGUUUGAUCAAAAGUCCAAGUCUAGCAAGAAGCGUAAAACUGAAACAAAGAUCCAACAUGAUGACCCAAUUGCAGAAGAAACAAAUCUUGUUGUCAAUACUGUGGAACGUUUAUCUAAUGCGACAAUAUGUGAAGGGAUGAUAAUUCUUUGCCGGAUUUCUGAAAUAACUGAAUAUGAAUUAAUUAUUUCCAUACCAGGCGGACUUUUGGGAUGUGUAAAGCUUACAGAUCUCAGUGAACCUUACACAGAUCUGUUACAAGAUAUAAUUCAUACAAAAGAUGUUCAAUCCGAUGAGUUCAAAUCUUUGUCAGAGUUGUACAAUCUUGGCGAUUAUGUAGUAUGUUAUGUUAAAAAAAUAGAUUCUGAUGGGAAAUGGCUGUAUAAUUUAUCUUUGGAGCCUCAGUUAAUAAAUCAAAAUGUUAAUAAUACUAACCUUGUGACCGGUACAAAGAUUGUUUGUACUGUCAAAAGCAUAGAAGAUCACGGCUAUGUGAUUGACACAGGCAUAGCUAAUGUUAGAGCAUUUCUCGCUAGCAAGUAUGUCAGUGAAGAAAAAAAAUACUUUCCAGGUAACCAAAUUAUGUGUGUCAUCAAGGAGAUAAAAACAGUAGACCAGGUCUCCAUCCUUACCUUAUCAGCCAAGAGGAAAACAGUCAAUAAAGUUAGCACACAUGACAUAGAGUCUUUGGAUGCUCUAAUGCCGGGCACAAAACUGUCACUCCGUAUAACAAGAACGCUCUCCAAUGGCUUGCAAGUUACGUUUGGGAAAAAUAAUGUUGGAUACCUAAACCGUAUUUACUUGGACAGUCCAUUAUCCACAUACGUGAAUGACACAGAAGUAACUGGCACGCUGUUGUAUAUAAUGCCAACUGUGAAAUUCGCGUAUUUUAGUCUGCCGACUGACGCUUCCGACGAAGACAGUCUGCCAAUAGGCGGUGUUAUAAGAAAGGCCAAGGUGUUGUACAGGGAAUCUAAUGGGAUAAUAUUCAAGUUGACCAAGUCCAACCUACGCGGCUUCGUUUCUCUACAUAGAACCGACGUACCAAUCACUAAAAUCUCGACGGUCUUUCAACCAGGUUCCGUGCAUAAAUGUAAGAUGAUCUCGUACAACUGGAUGGAACAUCUUUAUGUUUGCUCGAUGGAGCGGGAAAUCUUGGAGCAGAAAUACUACUCGCUUACCGACCUUCAGACAGGCGAUACUGUCACUGUCAAACUCACGAAAGUCGACACGAAGUCCGGCUUUGUGCAGGUGCAAGUGGGUAAAAUUUGCGGGUUUGUCGGGCCGGAACAUGUGUCCGACAGCGGCUUAAGCGGAUUGAAUAAAUUGAAAGAUGGAGACUCUGUCGAAGCGAGAGUCUUGAAUGUUAACACCGAUAAGCGCAACGUGAGGUUCACGCUCAAGCAAUCACUGAUCAAGAGCAAGUUGCCAGUACUGCAGGACAUAUGCGAGGCACGUUGUGGACAGGAGUACCACGGUACAAUCAUCAAGAUAAACAAGUACGGCUUGUUGGUGAGGUUUUACGGCGACGUGAAGGGUUGGGUUCCGCGUUCUGUCUUGGACAGCAAUACGUCCGACAUGAACUGGAAUCACACGAUAGGACAGACCGUCACGGUGUUGAUCGACUCGAUAGAGAAGGAAGAGGGUAAAAUGAAGCUCAGGAUAAUCACUGGAGAACAAAAGCAACAGCAGUCCCAUAACAUGAAGGUUGGCGAGCUGAUCGAAGGAACGGUCGUGGAGUCUUCCCUCGAAGGAAUACACCUGAGAAUAUGCAAGACCAACGACUCCGAGGGUGUCGUAUCCGGAUUCUUGCCGGCUGGCCACAUGUCUCCAUGCUUAGAAAUUGGGGCCUUACUCGCGUCGAAGUGUACUCCUGGCGAUACUAUCUCGGCUUAUGUCUUUUCCAUGCAGCCUAGUGUGAUAAUGUCGCGUACUUAUAUGACUCAGGGGGAGUAUAGGAGUUUCGACAAGUUGAAGGUGGGCGAUUGCAUUCCAUGCACGAUCAGGGACAUCACGAAGGACGGCGUGAAAGUCAUCUUGCCCAUCGAGGACUACUCCACGUUUGGAUACGUCUCUUACAAGAACAUCAGCAACUUCAAGCGGUUGUACAUCGAUCAGAUACUCUUCGUCAAAAUUACGGCUAUCAACAAGCGGGAGAAACAACUGACGCUGUCGAUGUCGUUGAAGGAAUUAUGGGACAGCCCGGUCGAGCACGGAGCGAAGAUGCUGUCAGCGGUGGACGUGUUGAGCUUGUACUUGAACAAACUGUCGGAAUUGGCGACUAACGUGUUUUACAAGAACAAGCCGAUCUCAUCGGUGACCCUGGGCCAGAAAGUCACCGGCGAGAUCGAGAGGAUUACCAAAUACGGCCUCGUGCUGCGGCUGAAGGACAACCUGAUGGGUGUGGUAGGCAAAGAUCAUUACACCAGCGAGCAUAAAGUCGGCGACAAGGUGUUCGGUACGAUUUUGUGGAAGAACUACAUCCACGACUUGGUCGACGUGUCAUUGUUACCGAAGAUAGUGAAUGGCAUCAGCUCCAAGCAAAAAACCCUGCCGCAGCUCCCCGACACGCUUGUGCUGAGAGGGCAGAUCAUGAUGAUCACCAACUGGUUCCUGCUCGUUCUCGUGAAACGCCACGGUUCAGGAUAUCUGGUGGCCUUGCCGGUCCGUCGGCACUUGAACGACCUUACACCGAACUUGAAGCCCUACACGGUACACGCCAAGAUCCGAUUGUACGUGAUAAUGAAGAGAAACGAGUGCGACAUUAUACCAAUCGGCAUGCUGAAAUCUGCGUUCGAGACUCCCAACGCAACGACGGUGGCACAGUCGGCCACCGGUGCGAAUGAGAAGCAGCUGAAGAGAAAGGCGUGCACGCAGCAAGACGCGGCUUCAAGCAGGACGAGCAGGACGGCUAAAAGACCAAAGAGGAACGAUGACGACGAGCAAGCGGCUAACAACGAUGUCGCCGACAAAGGGAAGCUCAAGGCUCAAGCGAAUAACACCGAUCAAAGUAAAGCUGUCUGGCCAAAGGAAAGUGAGGCCAAGAAGUUGAUGAAAACAACGGCCGGACGUGAUAGCAACGCAAAGAAGAAGAGAAACAGAAAAGAAGAUAAAGCAGCUGAAGAGCAGACCAGGGUAAAGAAUAUAGACGACAUCUCUGAAGCAGACGAGGCUCCGUCCGACGAAAGCGAACAGCCGACGAACAAGCUGUCGAACACGGAAAAACCGCACCUUCCGGAAGUCCCAUUUAACUGGGACCAUGAACCGGACUCGAACCGGGCAGUCGCCGUUAGCGAGACGUCCAGCGACGAGGAGGAGCAGUCGACGGGCGAACCGGAGCAGAAGAAGAAGAAACUGAGCUCGGCCGAGCGGCGGGAGCAGGAACGGCAGAAGGAGCAUGAGAUUCGCCAGCAGGAGAAGAACAAUCGCUUGGCGGGCAAUCACGCACCCAACUCGAUCGACGAGUUCGAGAAACUGGUGCUGUCUAGCCCAAACAGUGCGCUUGUAUGGACGAAGUACAUGGCGUACAAUCUGCAGGCUACGAUCGACAAGUCGAGAGCUGUCGCUAGACGAGCCAUCCAGACGAUCAAUUUCCAGGAGGAGCAGCAGCUGUUGAAAGUGUGGAAGGCUUGGCUGAACAUGGAGGCCAAAUUCGGCACGCGUGAAUCCCUGAAUGACGUGUUCCAGGAGGCGGUGAGGAGGGCGGACGACCUCAAGGUGUACACGCACAUGUUGAACGUGUUCUUAGACAUGGGCGAGCGAACCGAGCUCGAGAAGCUGAUCGACGUUAUGACUCACAAAUUCAAGGAAAAGCCGGAGAUGUGGGUGGACUGCGGUGCCGCUCUGCUGAAGAUCGGACUGAAGGACAAGUCGUGGCACAUCAUGCAGCGGGCGUUGAAAUCCUUGCGGACGUUUCAGCAUGUCAACCUCGUAGUACAAUUCGCGCUUUUGGAGAACAAACUGGGGGAUAAGGAGCGGGCGCAUAUGUUGUUCGAGGAAAUCCUGAAAACCUAUCCGAAGCGCAUCGACGUGUGGUUCACUUAUGUAGAUUGCUUGGUGAAGACCGAGGACAUCGACUUAGCCAGGAAAGUGUUGAAAGAAGCGCUCUGUAUGAAGCUGCCCCUAAAGAAGAUGAAAAUGCUGUUCAAGAAGUAUGUCCGCUUCGAGGAAGCAUAUGGCACGGCCGAGGACUUGAAUCGCUUGGAGCAGAUGGUCAUCAAUUUUGUAGAGAAUCAAUGUAGCAAGGAAUCGACGUAAAGUAUACAUAUAAAACCAUUUGUAUAGUAUGGCUCGAUAAAAGGAGGAAAUGAAGCUUUAUUGAUCGGAUAAAUCUUCAUUUAUUGAAAAGAAAGCACGAAGAGGGAACGAGACGAAGGUUCGUUGGAGAUUAAUUUCUUCAGAUUUAAUCCGAUAUAUCUUAAAAAUAAGUUCUUUAAGACUGCUCCAAGACUGCUCGUGUAUCGUUCGCGAGAUACAAAAAGAUCGUUUAUUACAAAGAAAAUAGGAAGAAAGAACGAGACGAACGACUGAAUCGUCAGAGGUGAAUUUGUUUAGAUUUAAUCCGACACAUUUUGCAAAUAAAUUCUUACAUUCUCUAAUUAUACAUUCUUCAAGACUGCUCGUGCAUCGUUCACAAAGAGGUCAUUUAUUAGAAAGAAAGUAUGACGAGAGAACGAAACGAAGGCUCGUCAGAGAUGAAUUGUUUAAAUUUAAUCCGAUAUAUCUUGGAAAUAAAUCCUUGCAUUCUCUAAUUAUACAUUCUUCAAUACUGCUUGUGCAUCGUUCGCGAGGCACAAAGAGGUCAUUCGCUGGAAAGAAAGUAUAAGGAGAGAACGAAGUUUCGUCAGAGAUAAAUUUGUUUAGAUUUAAUUUGACACAUCUGGAAAAUAAAUUCUUACAUUUUCUAAUUAUACAUUCUUCAAGAUUGCUCGUGCAUCAUUCGCGAAGUACAAAGAAGUCAUUCGCUGGAAAGAAAGUAUAAGGAGAGAACGAGACGAAGUUUUGUCAGAGGUGAAUUUAUUUAGGCUUAAUCUGACAUAUAUCUUGGAAAUAAAUUUUUACAUUCUCCAGUUACGCAUUCUGCAAGACCGUUCGCAUAUCGUUCACGAAGGAACAUAGGGAUGAAGGCCCCUUCGUCCAAGUUGUAUCUUUAUGUUAGAUUUACGACAUAAAACGUUGAAAAUAAAUUCUUGCGUCUCUCUCCGAGGCUGUUGGUGCAUCGUGCACGGGGCAGCAAGAGGGACGAAAAUGUAUCUCUUUAGAUUUACAAUCCGACACGUUGCAAAUAAAUUCCUCUUGCUUUCUAA